CUCCGCGGGGCUGCGCGGGCCCUGAGGCGCCCUGGCCCUGGCCGCCAGCCCUCCAUGGAGCAGGCGCUCGCCGGGCGGGGAGAUGACCGACCACGAGAACAACAACAGCGGCAGCGGCGGCGGCGGCAUCUCCGGGAACCCCUUCGCCGCCCUCUUCAGCUCCGUGGCCGACGCCAAGCACUUCGCCGACAUCCAGAAGCAGACGCCGACGACGCCCCCUCCGCCGGCGCCCGCGGUGGAGGAAACCUCGGCCAGCCAAGAUGAUUCUGACAACAGCGUGUCUGAGAGUCUGGACGACUGUGACUACUCGGUGGCCGAAAUUAGCCGCUCCUUCCGCUCCCAGCAGGAGCUCUGCGAGCAGCUCAACAUCAACCACAUGAUCCAGAGAAUCUUCCUGAUCACACUUGAUAACAGUGAUCCCAAUCUGAAAAGUGGCAAUGGGAUUCCUGCACGCUGCGUGUACUUGGAGGAAAUGGCAGCAGACCUGGACGAGCAGGACUGGCUGGACAUGGAGAAUGUGGAACAGGCUCUCUUCACCCGAUUGCUGCUCCCAGAACCAGGGAAUCACCUGAUUCACAUGACUUCAGCCGUAACCCAGAACCUUUCUGCCGACAGAGAUGCGGGGGAGAAGCACAUUCUUCGCUAUCUUUUUGCCUGCUUCCAGAGGGCAAAGGAGGAGGUCACCAAAGUGCCAGAAAACCUGUUGCCCUUUGCAGUGCGCUGCCGGAACCUGACUGUGUCCAACACCCGCACAGUCUUCCUCACACCAGAGAUCUAUGUCAACCAGAACAUCUACGAGCAGCUCGUGGACUUGAUGUUGGAAACCCUGAGAGGAGCAAACUUUGAAGAUGUCACUGAGUUCCUGGAGGACGUCAUAGAGGUCAUCACCACGGACGAGGAAGUGCGGACCUUUGAGGAGGUCAUGGUGCCGGUCUUCGAUAUCCUCUUGGGGCGGAUUCGAGAGCUGCACCUUUGCCAGAUCUUGCUGUGCUCCUACCUGGACCUGCUGCUGUACUUCACCCGACAGAAAGAUAUAGCCAAAGUUUUUGUUGAGUACAUCCAGCCAAAGGACCCAGCCAAUGGGCAGCUCUACCAGAAGACUCUGCUGGGAACCAUCUUGAGCAUCUCAUGCUUGCUGAAGACCCCUGGUGUGGUGGAGAACCACGGCUACUUCCUGAACCCCUCUCGGUCCAGUCCUCAGGAGAUCAAGGUGCAGGAGUCCAACAUCCACCAGUUCAUGACUCAGUUCCAUGAGAAGAUCUGCCAGAUGCUGAAGAACCUGCUGCAGCUGUCGCCACAAACCAAACACCGGAUCCUGUCCUGGCUAGGGAACUGUCUCCAUGCCAACGCUGGCCGCACCAAAAUCUGGGCCAACCAGAUGCCAGAGAUCUUCUUCCAGGCGUACGCCUCAGAUGCCUUCUUCCUGAACUUAGGGGCUGCCCUGCUCAGGCUCUGCCAGCCCUUCUGCAAGCCCAGAUCUCCCCGGCUUCUCACAUUUGACCCCACCUACUGUGCUGUUAAGGAGCUGAACGAGGAAGAGCAGAGGAUCAAGAACGUGCAUCUGAAAGGUUUGCAAAAAGAAACCUGCUUGAUCCCAGCUGUGACUGAGCCGGAAUUUGCUCCCAGCUACAACCUGGUGACGGAAAACCUGGUGCUGACACAGUACAGCCUUCAUUUAGGAUUUCACAGGUUGCAUGACCAGAUGAUCAAACUGAACCAAAGCCUCCACCGGCUGCAGGUGGCGUGGCGAGACGCUCAGCAGAGCUCCAGCCCCACAGCGGACAGCCUUCGGGAACAGUUUGAGCGCCUCAUGACCAUCUAUCUCUCCACCAAAACAGCCGUGACGGAGCCGCAGAUGCUGCAGAACUGUCUCCACCUGCAGGUGUCCAUGGCUGUUCUCCUGGUCCAGCUGGCCAUCGGAAGCCAAGGGACUGAGCUGGCUGAACUGACGUUCCCUCUGCCGGUGGUGGAGAACAGCGCGCUCGCCUACGUCCCAGAAUUCUUUGCUGACAACCUAGGUGACUUCUUCAUUUUCCUACGUCGCUUCGCCGAUGACCUCCUGGAGACGUCUGCCAACUCCCUGGAGCAUGUACUUCAUUUUGUAACUGUCUUCACUGGGGAUGUAGACAGGAUGAAGAACCCACACCUGCGAGCCAAGAUGGCCGAAGUGCUAGAGGCCGUCAUGCCCCACCUGGACCCGGUGCAGAACCCCCUUGUCUCGAGCGUCUUCCAUCGCAAGAGGGUCUUCUGCUCCUACCAGCAUGCUGCCUACCUGGCUGAGGCGCUGAUCAAGGUCUUUGUGGACAUUGAGUUCACAGGGGACCCCCAUCAAUUUGAGCAGAAGUUCAACUAUCGCAGGCCCAUGUACCCCAUCCUCAAGUAUAUGUGGGGUACCGAUUCUUACCGGGAAAGCAUCAAGGCACUGGCAGUCUACGCUUCGGAGAACCUGGAAGCAAUGAAUCCCCCUCUCUUCUUGCGCUUUCUUAACCUGCUCAUGAACGAUGCCAUUUUCUUGUUGGAUGAAGCGAUACAGUACCUGAGUAAAAUCAAGAUCCAGCAGAUCGAGAAGGAUCGAGGCGAAUGGGACAACCUGUCCGCUGAGGCACGGCGUGAGAAAGACGCCAGCCUGCAGAUGUUUGGGCAGCUGGCUCGUUUCCACAACAUCAUGUCCAACGAGACCAUUGGGACCCUGGCCUUCCUGACCUCAGAGAUCAAGUCCCUCUUUGUGCACCCUUUCCUGGCUGAGCGCAUCAUCUCCAUGCUCAAUUACUUCCUGCAGCACCUGGUAGGCCCCAAAAUGGGGGCAUUAAAGGUCAAGGACUUCAGUGAGUUUGACUUCAAGCCCCAGCAACUGGUUUCUGACAUCUGCACCAUCUACUUAAAUCUGGGUGAUGAGGAGAACUUCUGUGCCACCGUGCCGAAGGAUGGACGGUCAUAUUCCCCAACUCUUUUUGCUCAGACGGUCCGAGUCCUGAAGAAGAUUAACAAGCCUGGCAACAUGAUUGUGGCAUUUAGCAACCUGGCAGAGCGCAUCAAGUCCCUUGCAGACCGCCAGCAGCAGGAGGAGGAGACCUAUGCUGAUGCCUGCGAUGAGUUCCUGGAUCCCAUUAUGAGUACUUUAAUGAUGGACCCGGUGCUGCUGCCCUCCUCUCGGGUCACUGUGGAUAGGUCAACAAUUGCCAGGCACCUCUUGAGUGACCAGACCGACCCUUUCAACCGCAGCCCCCUCACCAUGGACCAGAUCAGACCCAAUACUGAGCUGAAGGGGAGGAUUCAGCAGUGGCUGGCGGAGAGGAAGAAGCAGAAGGCGCAGUUGGGGGGGACCCCCUGACCAGGCCAACGCCGCUGGGCAUGUGCCUCCCAGGACCUGAAGCAGACGGCCCUCUCUCGUCACCGUUGCGGAGGGCGGGGCGGAGGGCGGGGCACGUCUGUAGCCCUUUCCAUCGGUUCCUUGCCUUCAAGACUUGGUUCAGCUGAUCCCUGGCCACGCUGGCUUGCCCGCUGCCUUGUUUUCAUGGCAGUUGCCUGCCCGAAAGCCCCCCCCCCUCCACCCCCAACCGGUUCCCAUUCUCUUGUUGCAGCAGCAGUUUUUUUCUCUGCUUAAGGUGAAGGCAAAAGCCGUGUUCCCCCAGCAGACGCGCCUUCCUUUCUGCAAACCCGUCCUGAUGUAUGGCUCCCUCUGGCCUCCGCAGAGAGGCAGGGGCAGGCUUUGGGAGGAAGGGGCGGAGCUGAAGGGGCGGAGCACACGUGGGCUGUGGCGUUUCCGUGGCUCUCCCCUCCCAGCGCCUGGGCUCAGCAUAUCCAACCGUCCUCCUGGACCGCUGUUAAUUGCUCCUGUUAGGAAUGACCAUGCCCUGGGCCAGCACUGCGUACAUGUUUGUGCAGGCACCCUGGAAAUCCUGCCCACACUUCUACUGUGCCUGUCGCAUGUCAAUAUGUAUGCAGUGUAUAUAUACUAUGACAUUUACCGUAGAUCAAUAAAAGUGUCAGGUGUC